GGAAUACGUUAGAUCAACAGCUGUACAUUAAAAAAGAAAAAAGAAAAAAUCGGAUAUAAAAAGAGGACAAAAACCUUCAUGUGGAUGUAUAUAUAACAAGACACAUAUCCAAAAACUGUGCCACAGAGAGAUGGAUUUCAAGAGUUCUGUAUUAUGUCUUCUGCUUAUUGUGAUAAUCUUUCUCUCUCUCCUUUCUAUUGUCAGAGGAAGCAAAUCAAGUCCUGGAAAACUUCCACCAGGACCUGUCCCUUUUCCGGUCAUCGGAAAUCUAUUAGAACUUGGUAACAAGCCGCAUAAGUCUCUGACAACGCUUGCCGAGACCUAUGGCCACAUUAUGACUCUAAAAUUUGGCUCCAUAACCACGAUAGUCAUAUCAUCUGAUACAGCGGCCAAAGAAGUCCUCCAAAAGCAUGACCUUUCCUUCUCUACUCGAACUGUCCCAGAUUCGAUCCACGCGAAACAACACAAUGAAGUGUCAAUGGCCUGGAUACCAGUGUCAACUCGGUGGCGAAAACUUCGAAAGAUUUGCAAUUCCCACAUAUUCACUACUCAAAGACUCGAUGCCAAUCAGGCUAUCCGACGCCAAAAAGUGCAAGAACUCCUUGCCUUCGUUCGCCAGAGCUGCCAAGCUGGUGUCGCGGUGGAUAUUGGCGAAGCAGCAUCUAGUACUACCCUUAACUUGUUAUCCAAAACAAUUUUUUCAGUUGAUUGGGCCGAUACCAAUUCUGAGACUGCACGAGAGUUUAAGGAGUUGUCGAGGAAUAUCAUGGAAGUGGGUGGAAAAUCUAAUUUGGCAGAUUACUUUCCUGUACUAAAAUGGAUUGACCCACAAAGGAUAAGAGGUCGCAUGACUGGGUUCUUUGGGGAAGUUAUAAGGGUCUUUGGUAGUGUGAUCGAAACACGGUUGCUGUCAAGAAAAAAUAUUGAUUUCGUCCCAACAGAUGAUGUACUAGAUAUUCUUCUCAACAAAGAGGACAGUUGUGAGAUUGAAAGGACAGAAAUCGAGCACUUGUUAUUGGAUCUAUUUGUAGCAGGAACUGAUACAACUUCAAACACAUUGGAGUGGGCAAUGGCAGAGCUACUUCGCAACCCUGUAAUUCUUUCGAAAGCUCAAGAAGAGAUAAAGCACACCAUUGGCAUAGACAGGUUAGUAGAAGAAGACGACGUUGCCCGGAUGCCUUAUUUACAAGCAGUUGUGAAAGAAACCUUCCGAUUGCACCCACCAAUUCCUCUCUUACUCCCUCGAAAAGCUGAAGCAGAUGUGGAACUCUUUGGCUUUUUAGUCCCAAAGGGUGCACAAGUGUUGGUGAAUGCGUGGGCGAUAGGGCGAGAUCCAAGUGUAUGGAUGAACCCCAAUUCAUUCAUGCCGGAGAGGUUUAUGGGGUCGGAUAUGGAUGUCAAGGGACAACAUUUUGAACUGAUUCCAUUCGGCGCAGGAAGGCGAAUCUGCCCGGGCAUGCCCUUGGCCCUCCGGAUGCUGCACUUUAUGUUGGCUUCACUCAUUCACUCCUUCAAUUGGAAGCUUGAAGAUGGAUAUUCUGCAGAGGAUAUGGACAUGGAAGACGAGUUUGGGAUUACCUUGAGGAAAGCUCAUCACCUAUGUGCUAUCCCUAUGCAUGUGUAAUUGAUUGGCUUAAGAACAACUGAAAAAUGCUCUGGCUUUUAACAUGUGAUGUAUCGUGCAAAGGACACUAAAUUGUGUACGAAGAUCUGUCAUCUUUUACAAGUUCAAGCUCCAUGGUAAGUUUCUUCUAGCACGAGAAUUAGUGGUUGGUCUAAUGGCUCCUGUAGCAUGCUGUUGGACUGUUAGGUCACGAGUUCGAAUCUCAGCGACCCUCUCUCGUGUAGCAGUUACAAAUAGUGACCGAGUUUCUUCUGGCACAAAUAAGGAUUCACAUGGUGAAGUUACCAGAAGAAAGGAAGGAAACUAUGGGAUUAGAAUAAAUUUUGUAAUCUAACAUGGUCGAUGGAUGCAUAUGGUUUAAUGUGUUGAUAUUUGGGCUUGCUGUCAGGUUUUGCCAAUCAUGUUUGCUUGUGUAUAUUGUUUCUGAUUUAUUGGACACGUUCUCCUAUCAUAAAUCUCCACAAGU